AGUGUGUGGGGGCAGAAAUACAUUUGUCUUCACUUCAGGACGCUGUUAUACAAGAGUGUGCACACACACACACGAUGCGUGGUCUUUGUGCUUUUAUUCUCUCCAUCCUGACCCAAGUGUCCUCAGAAACCUCGAGUGGUGUCAUUGGCCUCAUCGGGCACAAUGUCACCCUGCCCUGUAGGUAUGACACCCAGACUUACGGCGUGCUGAGUUUCUGUUGGGGACGAGAGCAGGUGCCCAGGUCCAAAUGCUCCAAAACUGUCCUCUCGUCCCAGGACGGGGCUGUGGAGUUCAGACAGUCAUCCAGGUACCAGCUGCUGGGCAGGGAGACGGAGGGAGACAUUUCCCUGACCAUCCUGGACGCUCAGUGGAGCGACGGUGGUGUGUAUGGCUGCAGGGUCGAGAUCCCCGGGUGGUUCAAUGACCAUAAAGUCGACACAAACCUGAUCAUGGAGGAAGCACCGACAGAACAACCUGUUACCAUGGACUGGACUGCUGCUGGAAUAGAUGGUAAACAAUCAGAAAUAUGGACUACAUCUGCAUCUAUGAAUGAGGAAGUUGGUGACCCAGUGAUGGACAAAUUUGGAGGUGUAAAAACUGCGGGAGAUUUCAUGGCCUCCCUGGAAGUUGGGAACAUUGCCAGGACGGGAGCUAUUUUCUUCUCCACCAUAAUCAUAAUCCUCUUCUUUAUUUUCCGGAGAAGGUUGCAGCCGGAGGGGAGACCUCAGCAUCUCUACAACUUAGCUGUGGAAAACACGUACGAAAGUGUCCCAAUGCAUGGGUGAGGGUCAGCGCUACAUGAAGAAAGGACUGUCUAUACAAGGAACUUCAGGCUGAAGGAGUGCCUGCUUGUCAUGCGCUGACACUUUCCAUCCCCUCUGGCUCAGAGAGGAACCCUUUGACUCCAAGAGAAUGAGGAUCUCUUAUUUCCCUCCAGUGAAGCAGCCAAUGUUCUCAGAUUCAAGUAAAAAGUUUGAUUAUGCAUCAGAAGAUACAAAAAUAUCCUUCAGGUUACUGUGGCUGAGGGGUAGAGCGGUCGUCCUCCAACCUAAAGGUCGGCACUUCAAUCCCCAGUCUUCCCAAUCUGCAUGUCCAAGUGUCCUUGGGCAAGAUGCUGAACCCCGAAUUGUCCCUCAUAGAACAACAAAGUGCUGCUAUUAGAUGGACUGUAUAAAUGUGUGUGUGAAUUGGUGAAUGUAAAACUGUAAAGAGCUUUGAGUGGUCAUCAAGACUAGAAAAGUGCUAGAUAAAUAUAAAACCAUUAACCAUUUAAUAAUUUCUUCACUCGUUCUGUGUUUUAUGGAAAAUUUGAUCUCAAGGCCAAGAAAAGCUUGUGGAUCGUAAAUGUUUGUGGAGACGCCGCCACCUGCUGGACACAAAUUAUUAGAGGAGGGAACUCUAUAUUGAAAACUCAUGAAUGUGACCUUAGUUUGGUGGUUAAAGGUUCAAUAGAGAAGGAGGGAAGUCAGAGUGAAGGAGAAAUGCAUAAAACGUCCCACUUAUUUAUGUUUAAUGUAAAAUAGGCUACUAAAGGUGUACUGACAAAAUAUGUUCAAUAAAGAUUAUGUUAAGAAAGACAUUUUGGAGAUAUGUCAUAGUAGAACUGUCAGCACAUCUGAUCAGAUGUAUGAUGACAUGGCUUCAGUUUAACCACUAAAUCAAGAAAUCAAGAAAUCAUCAAACAUAUUAUAAUGUCAUGACUGAUUAGAGAAACUUGUCCACUGUAACUUGUCAGAAACUAUAACAUGUAGUUGUUGCUUUAUACGCUGCCUUCUGUAACACCACUUCUUAUCUGUUAAA